AUGUAUUGGCGAAGGUUCUCCCUGGCUCUUGUUUCAGGGUUUGUUGGAUAUGGCGCAUGGUACACAUACAACGGAGACGGAAUUCUCACCAAAGAAGCCAGUCCAAUUUCCACCGCACAACAAUCUUACGACUUUGCAAGCAGUACCGUCUAUUCAACACCGAUGGGGCCGGAAGAGACCGUAGAUGCUAGAAAAGCUGUAAUUGUCGGUACAGAUGGUCUUUAUACUGACACGAUUGAAGGUCCAAUUUCAAAGGAUACCGACGAUUCUGGCAGGAAGGUGUUGGAGAUGUUAACACCAGAUCAAGCGACGUCAAAAUUGCGCAGAAAUGAGGAGUCUUAUUUUGUUGGUCGUGGUAAAGGAGUUGUGCGAUAUGAUGUAGUUCAAAUUCCAAGUAAUGAUCCCAUCGAAGACGAUCAUUCGGAAAAGAUUAUUGAGACGAAUGAAACAAUUUCUGGGUCUCCUAAUUCACCUUCCGAUUGGAUGUUCUGGGGUGUAUUUGAUGGCCAUUCAGGCUGGACCACUUCUGCGAAAUUACGACAAGUCUUGAUCAAUUAUGUUGCUAGAGAACUCAAUUCUACCUACCAAGCCUCCCCGAACCCGUCCAACGAUGCCAUUGAAGCCGCGAUGAAGACUGGGUUCACGAGACUCGACAAUGAGAUUGUACAUGAAAGUGCGCAGAAAGUAAUGAAGGGCAAUUCAAAACUAGUCGCAGCGGAAUUGUUAGCCCCAGCAUUAUCCGGAUCGUGCGCACUCCUUUCCUUCUACGAUACAAACACAGGUCUCUUGCGUGUUGCAUGCACAGGAGAUUCUCGUGCAAUCUUGGGACGACGAAACGACAAUGGAAAAUGGGCUGCUACAGCGUUAUCAAUCGAUCAAACCGGUAGCAAUCAAGAUGAGGAGGCUAGAAUGAGAAAGUUACAUCCUGGAGAAGAUCAUGUCAUUAGGAAUGGCCGAGUCCUAGGUGGUCUGGAGCCUACUCGCGCAUUCGGUGAUGCAACUUACAAAUGGACUCGUCAAGUCUCCGAGCGAUUGAAGGAAUCUUUCUUUGGAAGAACUCCAUCUGCUCUUCUUAAAACUCCUCCAUACGUCACCGCGGAGCCUGUGGUCACUACUACCAGGAUUCAACCCGAAAGAGGAGACUUUGUUGUGAUGGCAACGGAUGGACUUUGGGAGAUGCUCUCCAAUGAAGAGGUGGUUGGAUUAGUUGGCCAAUGGAUCGAUAAACAUUCCGCGGAUUCAAAUGGGAACUCUGCAAGCUCAUGGACAAAAAUGUUUACAGCGUCUCAAAAGGGGUUGCCAGUAGAAGCAAGUAAAGAUAACAACAACAGUGGUCAGAAAGCCCCAAUCAGACAGCGUCAAUGGGGCGUUAAGGAGAGUGAUAGAUUUGUUGUUGAGGACGAAAAUGUUGCCACACAUUUGGUCCGUAAUGCGUUGGGUGGAAAGGAUAAGGACAUGGUUUGCGCUUUAUUGUCAUUACCUGCUCCUUAUUCUAGAAGAUAUCGAGAUGAUCUUACAGUAGAAGUUAUCUUCUUCGGUAACGGUCCGAAAUCCGGCGAUCUCAUUGUCAACAAAGAAGCAAGCGCUAGCGCAAAUAACGUCAAGCCUAAACUCUGA